UUAGCUGUUCAACAUUUUUUCCUCUCAUUCUUCCUUUCCCAAAUCAGAAGAUUCUAGAGAGAGAAGCACAGAUUUGGAGUAAUUAAGAAGACGAGCUUAGGUUUGCAAUGGCAGGCACUUGGAAAUUGCUGUUGGCGCUGUGCUUAAUCGCACUCCCCCUGGCAAUUGCCGGCGGUGGCGCGGCGGCGACGGGAUGGGUGAUGCCAGCGGUGAGAUCGGGGUGCAGGGGAACGGUGGCGGAGUGUCUGGUAAACGAGGAGGAUGAAUUCGAGCUGGAUUCGGAAUCGAGCAGGCGCAUCCUCCUAGGUGCGAGGCGCUUCAUCAGCUACGAUGCGCUGCGGAGGAACAGUAUCCCGUGCUCGCGGCGCGGCGCGUCGUACUACAACUGCCGCCCUGGCGCUCAGGCCAAUCCCUACACUCGCGGCUGCAGCGCCAUCACUCGUUGCAGGAGCUGAACGAUUUCCGCAACCUCUCGUAAUUUUUCCUUGGGAAAGUACUACAAAAUUUUAAUAUAUUAUUUCUUUUAAUUUUUCCUUGGGAGGAUGUUUGGUAUACUAAAAUGAAUGAAUAAAUGAAUAUACACUGUUUGUGUUGCUCUCUA